GAGCCUCCCUGCUUUUGAGAGCUGACCAUGGCCUGGGCUCUGUUCUUCUUGGCCCUUCUCAAUUACUGUUCAGGUGUCACUUCACAAGCAGCACUGACUCAGCCGGCCUCCCAGUCUGUGUCUCUGGGCCAAACCGCUAAACUCUCCUGCUCUAAAAGUAGGGUGGCAGCCUGCCUGAAGAGCCACAGGAAGCCACCCUGCUUGAGAGAGCUCACCAUGGCCUGGACUCUCUUUUUCCUGGCCCUUCUCAAGUACUGUUCAGGUGUCACUUCCCAGCCAGCAGUGACUCAGCUGGCCUCCCAGACUGUGUCCCCGGCCCAAACUGUGAAACUCUCCUGCUCUAAAAGUACUGCAGGCAGCUGGGAUGGCUACUUUAGGUGGUAUCAACAGAAACCUGGACAGGCUCCUCGCUUUGUGCUUGUUGGUACCAGCACCAGGGGAGAAGGGAUCCCAGAUCGGUUCACUGGUUCUGCCUCUGGGAACGCUGGCUAUUUAACCAUCUCCAACAUCCAGGCUGAAGAUGAAGCAGUUUAUUACUGUUGUGCCUGGGAGAGCACCGGUGGUGGCAAGUUCCACAGUGAUGCCUGUUUAGAUUUCAUAAAUCCUCCUUGCUUGAGAGAGCUCACCAUGACCUGGGCUCUGUUUUUCCUGGCCCUUCUCAAUUACUGUUCAGGUGUCACUUCACAGGCAACACUGACUCAGCCACCUUCCCAGUCUGUAUCUCUGGGCCAAACAACUAAACUCUCCUGUUCUCAAAGUAGUGGAGGCAGCUGGGGCAGCUCCUUUUACUGGUAUCAGCAGAAACCUGGACAGGCUCCUCGCUUUGUGCUCUAUGAUAACAGCAACAGGGGAGAAGGGAUCCCUGAUCGGUUCACUGGUUCUGCCUAUGGGGACACUGGAUAUUUAACCAUCUCCAACAUCCAGGAUGAAGACGAGGCAGUUUAUCACUGUUCUGCCUGGGAGGGUACCGGUGGUGCCAAGUUCCACAGUGGUACAAUCUGA